AUGAAGUUCACCACACUCUCUUUCACCUCCGUGCUGGCCAUAUCCGUUGCCGCCAAGCACGACGGCUCCUUCGCCGUCCUGCGCUUCAACAAUGAAGGCGGCAAGUUCUCCACCGAGGGCCGUAUGGACCCCGUCGUAUCCCCGGGUACCGCGUCGGGCCACUCUCACGGCAUCAUGGGCGGCAGCAAUUUCGGACUUACCGUCAACGGCCCUGACCUCCUCGACUCCAAGUGUACCAACGCCCUGAUCGUCAACGACAAGAGCAACUACUGGGUCCCCAAUCUCUGGUUCCAGUCUCCGAAGAACUCGACGUUCAAGAAGGUUCCCCUGGACUACAUGAGUGUCUACUACAAGUUCGACACCACCAACGAUGACAUCAAGGCCUUCCCAUCGGGGCUGAAGAUCGUCAGCGGAGACGCCAUGAAGCGAACGCCUCCCGCAACCGGCGGUCUGCAGCUCGACCCCUCGCAAGGAGAGAUCCAGGCCGUGCAGUGGACCUGCCCGACCGCCAACACCAACGAGGACCGGUACCCGCCCGGAUCCGACGGGACCAAGGCCGGCAUGGUGGACCCCAACAACAAGGGCAGCGGCGCCGGGUUCCCCGUCGUCAACUGCGACGGCGUGUACUCGCCCCUGCGUCAGGACAUCCACCUGCCGUCCUGCUACAACCCGGCCGCCGGGCUCGACGACUACGCCAACAACAUGGCCUUCCCGACCGCCAACGGCAACGCCCUCGACUGUCCCGAGGGCUGGACGCACGUGCCCCAUCUCUUCUACGAGAUCUACUACAGCACGACCGACUUCGAAAACGAGUGGGACGAGGACGGCGCGCACCAGCCGUUCGUGCUGUCCAACGGCGACCGCACGGGCUUCAGCUCCCACGCCGACUUCAUCUCCGGCUGGGACGUGGAUACCCUGCAGACUAUGAUUGACGGGUGCAAUGCCGGCGACGCGGGCAUGGAUAAGUGCCCGAAGAUCAUUGGCGGGAUCAACACGAGCGACAAAUGCCAGAUUGAGUCGGCCGUCCCGGACCCGUCGGAGGACUGGAUCACGGCACUCCCGGGCAACAACCCGUUGGCAGGCUGGGGAGUUUAG